AUGACCUAUUAUGAGAAAAUAGAAACUAGAGAGUGCUUGCGCAAGUUGUAUACGCACAGUAAUGACGCUCUGGCGCGGUAUCUUGGAGUCGAGAAGUCGCCCGUAACGAUUAGAUUUAUCCUGGGACUGCCAAAAGAUGAAAAUAAAGAUAAGCUGGAGGAAGAGUCUAAAAUGUACGGGGAUGUUGUUAUUUUGAAUAUUACAGAAAACAUGAACAAAGGAAAGACGUUUGAAUAUUUCAAUUGGUUUGCUAAGCAUAGGGAGGAUAAUUACAUGCUCAAAUUGGACGAUGACGCUUUCCUCCAUCUUAUUCACUAUUACCGUGACCUCCAAGACUUACCGAGAGAACGUGCAUACUAUGGCAAUGCUAUAGAUUAUAAUAAUGGAACAUACGGGUUUAUAGGAGGUGCCGGAUAUACUCUCUCCCGCGACCUCGUUAGAAACAUUGUUGGAUCACAAUGGGUUAGAUCAAAUGUCGAAGGCAAUGAGGACUGGCUAGUGACUCAAUGGUCCAUCCGCCAAAAUCCCAUCCAUGACUUUGAUGAAGACCUUGACCUUCACUUUUUUAUUGAGACCAUUUUGAUUCAUCAAAUAAAGGAUGUUAAGAAGUUAAAUGCCAUUAAGGAUGGAUACUCAGAAUACAGAGACGGACUGCCAAUAGUCAGAGUCAUUCGGAAUUCAACGGCCAUAGGCCUAAUUACAAAGAGGGACAUGGUUCCAAAUUGUUGGACUGACCUUGAGAAAGAGCAUAUGUGGAAUCAAACUUUGCAGAAUACCUACAAGAACUGGUUCUAUGAAGCUUGGGGUUUUAAGGAGAGGAAGCAAAAUGAACAUUAUGAACCUCUAAGAAUUACUCGAUAG